AUGUCUUCCACUGAAUUCAAACCAGAAUCUUCUCCUUCUCUUGCAGGUCCUUCAAGAAAGCGUCCUCGUUCUGAAGUCACUUCUGAAGAACGAAAGGAGGCAAGGGCUCAUAGAAACAGAAUCGCUGCCCAGAACUCUCGAGACCGUAGAAAGGCUCAAUUUACCUACCUAGAACGCAGGGUAACUGAGCUGGAAGACGAAAACAAGCGUCUUCGAGCCGGCCUACCACCAGCUGACCCACAGCAAGAUGCCAAAGAUCUGGAGAACCAGGAACUAAGAGCCCGGAUAGUAACACUCGAGCGAGGUCUCGAAGCUGUCGUCAAGGCCUUCGCUGUCCAAGGGCUUCCUUCCUCUAUCCCUCCCACUGACAUUUCUUCUUCGGUAAAAUCCUCGGAGACUACUCCGUCUUCUUCCGCCGAACCUCCGACACCCGUCCUUACCCCUUCAUUAACAUCCUCGCCUUCUAGCGCUGGUUCCCCUGAGCCGGUAUCUUUCCCUAUCUCACCUGCUUCUUCCCAUGCUUCCCUCGACUUCUCCUUCGCUCCCUCCCUACCGUCAGCCUCACGACUUUCUCCUACUCCAGAGUCAGAGUCCACUCGCCACCUAGCACGGGUGGCGACCACGCGGGUAACUCCUCGCGUGUCCCUGCAGCGGGUGAACUCGAACUCUACUCCCCUUACGUCCACAACACCGAAGGCGACGAUACUGUCUCCGAUUUCUCAACGUCAUCCAUGGACCCCGUCGAUGAUGCGGCAAUGGAAACUCUCUUCCAUGAAAUCCUCUACAGCCACUCUCGCUCACCUUCACCUGAACCCACUGAACAACCCGACUCAGGUGCAAGGACAACGGAAACCGAGAGUAUACAAACUGUUGAUUUACUCUCGACUGCCGGACAAGCUCAAAGGGACUCGGAGACGCAGACGACCGCCGGUAACUCAUCGGCGGAAGUGA